UACUGGAGAAGUUCCAUUUACCUGGAGGACUGACCUGCGGAACCUACAUUUGCUACAUUUUUGUUUUUCUCUACUGGCAGUUACAAAACUGGAAAGAAUUUCUUUGAGAGAAGGUUUUUGAAAGACAACAGAAAGAAGAGAGGAGAGAAGAGAAAAGAAGAGAGGAGCUGAGAGAAAGAAAAAGAGGAAACUUUGGAAGAGUUUGGCUUGGAGCCUUGUGACACAGGUGACUAUGUCAUUAGCAGUGUUCAUGGAAACCCCCAUAUGUCUGGUAGAAAACAUUGAUGGAGAGCUGAAGUUAAACCCACAUGCCCUACAGAUUCUAACUUCAAUCACCAAGCCAGUGGUGGUGGUAGCUAUUACUGGACAGCACUGUACUGGGAAAUCCUACUUGAUGAAACGGCUGGCAGGAUCGAACCCAUUCUUCUCCCUGGGAUCCACUGUGCAGUCUGAGACAAAGGGCAUCUGGAUGUGGUGUGUCCCUCAUUGCAGCAAACUGGAUCAUGUCUUAGUUCUCCUUGAUACGGAGGGUCUUGGAGAUGUGGAAAAGGCUGACUCCAAGAACGAUUCAUGGAUCUUUGCCCUGGCCGUCCUGCUCAGCAGCACUUUGGUGUACAACAGCAUGAACACCAUCAACCAACAGGCCUUGGAACAGAUGCAAUAUGUAACAGAACUGACCAAGCUAAUCAAGGUCAAAUCCUCACCUAAUGCUGCUAGAGAAGAGGAAUCUGAAGAGUUUGUGGGCUUCUUCCCAGACUUUGUGUGGACAGUGCGGGACUUCACCCAGGAACUGAAGGCAGAUGGAUGCCCCAUUACCUCAGAUCAGUACCUGGAAAAUGCCUUGAAGCUUAGUCACGAUAUGUCACCAAGGAGUUUGCCACUCCUACUCCCUUCUAAUUCCCAGGGGGACAGAGAAAUCACUGAUAAGAAUGGCAGAGUUGAAAUGGCCAACCUUUCACGAGAGUGUAUCAGAAAAUUCUUUCCAAAACGGAAUUGUUUUAUUUUUCACCGUCCAACAGAAGAUAAGUCACUCUUGGCCUGUCUUCAACACGUCCCAGAUAGACAACUGGAGCCUUCGUUCAGGAAUCAGAUAGACCGCUUUUGUUAUUACAUCUUAUCCAAUGCAAAACCCAAGACCCUUAGUGGGGUUAUCAUGAUCAAUGGAAGACGGUUGGGAAAGUUGCUGGAGACCUACGUGAGGGCAAUCUCUAGUGGUGACGUUCCCUGCCUGGAGAAUGCAGUGUUGUCUUUGGCUCAGACUGAGAACCCAGCUGCUGUGCAAAAAGCUGCAAAGCACUAUAUGAAACAGAUGGCCCUGAAGGUGGACUUACCCACAGAAACUUUCUGGGACCUGCUAAGUGUGCAUACAGAGUGUGAGAAGGAAGCUCUCUCAAUUUUCAUGAAGCAUUCUUUCAAGGAUGAGAACCUGAAGUAUCAGAAUGAACUGGUGCAAAUCUUGGAAACCAAGAAGGAAAGUUUCAUACAUCAAAAUGAAGAACUAUCAACCGAAUACUGUCAAACUCAGCUUGAGUACCUCUUACAGUCCCUGAGAGAAGCCAUUUCUAAAGGCACCUUCUCUGUGCCAGGGGGUUACAAUCGUUUUAAGAAAAAAAGAGAAGAGAUAAUAAACAAUUAUUAUCAAAUGCCCAGGAAAGGACUAAAGGCAGAUGAGGCCCUCCAAAUGUUUCUACAGUCAUUGGCAGUGACAGAAGAUUACAUCCUGCAGAUAGAUCAAGCUCUCACUGAACAAGAGAAGGCCCUGGAAGUUGAACAGAUCAAAAGAGAAGCAGCUGAGAAAGAAAAGAAGUUGUUGAAACAGCAACAAGUUGAAAUGCAGCAAAAGAUGGAAGCUCAGCAGAGAAGUUUUGAAGAAAACAUGAAUCAAUUCAAAAGGAAGAUUGUGGAAGAUAGAUACAAGAUCCUGGAAGAACAGAAAAUGAUUCUGGACUCUAAAUUGAAGGAACAAAAGAAGCUGAUGGAGGAAGGCUUUCAAAUGAAAGCUGCAGAGAUGAACAUAACAAUUGAAGACCUACAAGCAAAGAUUAAGGAUAUUGAGAAUCAAAAUUCCAGCUGGAUGCCCAUGCUUUUAGAUACAGCUGGCACUAUAAUGAUGGUCAUGUUACCUGGUGAAGGAAAAAUCGCUGGUCUGCGGUUAAAGGCAUUAGCCACUUCUUUAUCCAAAUAAGUUUCAGUUUCCCCCCAAAAAAUAUCGAGUAAUGCUAUCCCACCUAAAAAAUAUGGAGUUAAGAUCUCCUUGUGUAUGAAUGUGAGGCUUUUGGAGAAUCACCCUGCUCCUUCAUACUUGUGUGUGGUCCUUAACAUACAGCCUACAUUAGCAUACCUCAGAGACAGCAAUGUCUCAUUGUCCCUAACAAGGCAGUACUUAAAGUCAGGAAGACCUGAGUUCAAAUUUGACAUCAGCCAAUUAUAAGCCAACUUCUAGGACCCUAAGAAAGUCACUGAAACUCUGUGUUUUUGCUUUCUCGUCAUAAAAUGGGAUAACAAUAUAUUCACAGGUUUUUGUGAGGAUAAAGAAUAAAGUUAUUUUGAAACCUUAAUAUGCUAUAAAAAUGCUAACUAUUAACAUUAUGAAAUGCUUUACUCUAGAGAUCUGCGCAAACUCACCCUGAAGAAGUGACUUAUACCAAGAACUUUUGAUUGCAGAUAUGUUCUGACCACUACAGAGGUCAACUCUCUUGACCCCUCUUUAGAGAAAACACAGAAAUUUGUCCUGUGAUACUUUUUAAAAGUCCAGGUGGAGUCCUGAUUUCAAAACCCCCACUUAUACUCUGAAGUUAUCAAUAAAAAGUGUUUGGGGUUUAAAAUGGGGAAGACUGAUAAUCAGUACCUUGCGUGUUUAGCUUUAUAAUCACUUAUCAGCUGUCAGUUAUUUUAAUUGUAUAAAAAGUAACUCUGUGACUUACUAGAAGAAUAUAGACCCAUAUCUGUGUGCAACCAAAGUAUAAGGUAGUCCCAGGGAUAUUCUCGUGUUAGUGAUAAGAAGUAUAACUCUAAUCAUUAUAAAGCAUAUGGCCAUACUAAUCAUUUUUAUAAUGAAAUGUAAUGAGCUCUUGAGCUUAUGAUGUAAAAGGGUCCUGUGUGAGCCAAAAUCCUGUUUCAUUAAACAGCAUAUUAAGUAUAAUAUAACUAAUCAGAUCACAGUUUAUGUAAAUCAAGAGAACUAUAAAUAAGUGUGAAACUUGUAUAUCUGGGUCUCAGACCAUUCUGGGCAGACUCUAGACUCUACCUUUGUUUCACUUAAAGGCUGGUUUCUUGGCCCAGAAAGACUUCUCAGGUUUUUUUUUCCUUACAAUUUUUAUCACAAGAUCAGAGCUCAAAUGACAACCCUGAUAUUUACUUCCUAUGUGACUGAUCUUGGAUACAUCCCUUAACUUUCCCCACUCUCAGUUUUCUCCUCUGUGAAAUAAACAGGCUGAGCUAGAUGAUUUCUUGUGACUCUUCUAGCUCGAAAUCUCAUUUCUUUUUGGUUGAUAUUAGAUAGGAAUCCCAUGAAUCCUGUCUCUACUGUUAUCCAGAAGAUGUUCAAUAUUGAGUUUCCUAGUCCAAUAAACUGACUUGGCAAGUUGUACCCUUAGAAUCUCCUCUCAAAGGGAGUUUUUUUGACCUAAUAAAUGAAUUUUAUAUGGGGAAAUGCCUGGUAAAAAGACUGAAUGUUUGCAACUUCUAACUAGCUAACUUCUAACUCAGAGGUUUCCAAACUUUCUGGGGCAUCCAAACUGUCCCAUAUGUCAUCUGGGCUUUGAGUUAAGUUUCCUCAGAGGGAGAGGGAAGAAGCAAUGAUGCCAUCAGUAUAGCCUUACUUGACAGACCAAUCAGAUUCCAAUAGCCUCUGGCCCAUUCCCAAUGUUCUUGUUUUUCAUCAUCUCUAAUAGCAAUCUGCAUAUUGGUCCUGGUAGGAAAGGACCAGAGCACAGGGGACUCAAGAGACAAAGUAAACUAGCAAAAAGAUGCAACUAUUUCAAUAUUAAGUUCUAUAGGCUUCAUUUCACCUGGGGUGUUUAUCCCUAUGGAUUUACAGAUUUAUUAUCUAUAUAUAGAGAUAGAUAUAGAUUUAUUAGCCCUAAGUAAUAAAGAUUAUUCCCAGACUUUUUCUCUGAUCAAAAUAGUUUCAGGACCCUCUCCCACCAGGGAAAAUCUCUUUGUUCUCUAUCAAUUUGAGUAAGAAAAUAAAAUACUUUAACCAAA